ACAUACAGUAUCUCUCCCUUACCCCACAAAAAUAUUGUGAGGAGUGGAGUGGAAUGGAGUCCUGGCCUGCUCGGAAGCUGGAAGCUGGAGGAGUCUGGACAUGCAAGCCUCUCCUCACCAGCCAGCAACUUUCGGAAUGAGCUGGCGUUUGGCUGCUGGUGACAGGUCUGCUUCUGGAGUGAUGGACAGGGGAUGCGCAGUCCGGGGGAAUCGGGUUCAUGGGGGAGGUGAGCCCUGUCGGAGCGAGAUUGCAGUGUGCAUGGAAUGCCAAGGUAAGGCAUGGUUAUGGCAUGGGCUGGGUUCUUCCAAGAAUGUUCUUGUACUGUAUCAACGAGCCAGUGCAGGGGGGUCGUGCUGGAGGCGGAUUCUCGGGUGCGCUGCGUCCUUGUCUUACCAAAAGCAAAGAGGCUAUCCUAUUGCAGUCGCGAGACUGGGGGGAGGGCAGGGCUGGACUUUAUUUUUUUAAAUGGAGGAUCGAACGGGGAUGUGGGAUGAAUGACAAGGGCUUACGAGGCUUGUAUCACUGUCGGAAACCGCUGCUGCCUGCUUCACUAAAUCUCUCGCCAAUACCGCGAGGACUGUCUGCAAGUCCUAGAAUCUCACAUCGCCUCACAAUCCUUCACAAACACAAAGAUGCCUUCCCAAACACCAACACCCAUCGCCCUCCCCGUCCCUCGCCGUCGCUCGCCCCUCCUCACAAACACCUCCCUGGGUCAAGAUGUCUCGCUCUUCCUCACCAACACACUGAACUCGAAAGCAAAGGCUCCAUACAACUUCAUCUCAAGGAUGGACGAGAACGACUAUGCUCCUCCUGCGCCGCCGCCACCUAGUCCCGUCAACUUUCCUAGCGAGAGCUGGAGCACUGCUUGCUCGAUACGGAGAUAAAGCGGGCGAGGCGAGGCCCUGGCUGAGAGAAAGGAUAUGGGGAAAGGGGAACGGGUGUAUAGUAGAUGUGGAGGAGGAAAGAUAUAACUCCGGCGACGACCAGAAAGAAUGGUUCCCUUGGCUGGAGACAAUACACGGAUG